AUGCAACGCUCUCUCCUCCGCGCACUCACCCGCUGCGCCUCGCAACACCGCAACGUUCUUCCCCCCACCCCCUUCCUUCCGCCCACCUCGCGCGCGCUCGCCGAUGAGCUGCCGCUGUUCGAACCGCGACCCGCCUUGCUGUCCGCAGCAUCGCCGCCCUCCGCCGAUCCUUCCGCCAUCCGCCUGCUCUCCCCCGCGUGCUCCCCUCCGCCACUCUCUCCGCCUCUCCUCGGCCUCCUGCCCCGCUUCCUUUCCUUCUCCGCGCCAACUCUCCGCGCGCCGCUCCUCCCCUCCGCGCCACUUCACGCUUCGCUGCUCUCCGCCGCGCCAUCCCGCGCCUUCCGCACGGCGGCCUCCGUGGCAUCCGCGCAAGCGGCGGGCAGCGGGGGAAGCGGGGGGCUGCUGACGCUGAACGCGCUGGCGGACAGGGAGGGCGCGCGCAGGACGGGGAAGCGCGUGGGGCGGGGGAUGGGGUCGGGGAAGGGGAAGACGGCGGGGCGCGGGCACAAGGGGCAGAAGGCGCGGGCAGGGCGCAACCCAAAGAUCGGGUUCGAGGGCGGGCAGACGCCGCUGCGCAUCCGCCUGCCCAAGCGCGGCUUCCACAACCCCUUCUCCCUCCGCUUCCAGGUGGUGAACGUGCGGGACGUGGUAAGGAAGGUGGAGGAGGGAGCGAUAGACGCGUCGCAUGUGAUCAGCAUGAAGACCCUCAAGGAUGCGGGGCUGGGGGGCAAGGCGAUGAGGGAUGGAGUGAAGCUGCUGGGGCGGGGGGCGCACCUGCUCUCCCUGCCGCUGCAUCUUGAGGUGAGCCGUGUGUCAGAGUCGGUGCGCAGGGCGGUGGAGGUAGCGGGGGGCAGGGUGACACGGGUGCACUACAACGCGCUGGGCCUGCGCGCGCUGCUCAAGCCGCACUGGUUCGCCAAGAAGGGCCGCCUGCUGCCGCGCCCCGCGCGCCCCCCACCGCGCAUUCUGCAGCUCGGCCUCGUCGAUGCCGUCGGCACGCUGCCUGCUCCCACACACCCCGUAACAUGA